AAGGUCAAUGCGCUCGUAACAACCGACACGUCACAUUUCUGACACCAGAUAACGGAUUUUACCUUGGGGGGCACGUGUUUUUAAAUCUCUCCGUGGAACUCAACCAAGACUGCCAAGAUCAAUGCACGCUAGCCAGGGAGUGUGUCUCCUAUAAUAUUGGUCCCCCCAUUGACAACAAAAUGGCCUGUGAGCUCAGUAACUCAGAUCACUUGCAGCAUCCGGAAGAUCUCAAACCAAGACGUGAAUGGAACUACAGAGGCACAAAGGUAUGACAUCUGUAUCAUAUUAUGUCUAGUUUGUUUUCAUUGUAUUUCAGUAUGUUUUUAUGUCAAAGAUAAAAAAAAUAACACUCUAGAGUUAGAGCCACCCAAUCUGGUAAGAUGUGCGGUACAAUUUCGGGUGGGAUUGUCACGGAGUUGCACUGAUCUUUAGUUCUGUGAAUCUGGAUGAUGAAAGUUGCUUAUGUAAGAGUAGCGAGUCCCCACCUUCUAUACGACACCACAAACAACAACGGAGGGAGAAGUCUUAACUUUUGCCUUGCAACCACCCGUUGGGCUCUCGUGUCAAAGUUGACCAUAUCCUGGUCAUCAGUGGUAGGUGGCCUAACUCACUAAGAAACUGUCACAGGAGAUUACAAAGUGUAGAGUUAACUGACUCCGACCACCGCAUCCUACGUGCCACUCUUAAAGUGGGUCUUAGCCUCUUCCACUAUGCUACUUAUUUACAGGUUUGCCUUUAACUUAAAGGCAAACCUGUAAAUUGCAAAAAAUAUAGUUUGAAGAGACUGGCGCUUCCUGUACUGAAAACAGAAUUUCAGCUAAGACUUUGGAAUCACUCCGCCUCCCUCCCACUGAUGAGGCACUCAAUAUCAGGUACAGUCAGUUGGAAAGUAUAACAAGUAGCAUCGUGGAAGAGGCGGUUGGAAAGUGUCUCAAAUGGCUUAGCAAACUGGGUCUCCAAAGAAACAGAUAGCCUGCGUAGCAGGCGCUUGGAAGUAGCGGGCGAAAGAGAGAACGGGCGCGCGCGAGGGAGACACGCAAGGGGUGAGGGAGCGCCUGCACGGAAGGCCCCCGAAAAUCGUUUCAACUCGCACUCUGUGAGUGCGGAUAUUUCCAAUUGGUCGAGAGGCUCCCGAGGGAAAAAUUUACCGCGCGGGGCGAGAAAACUGUCAAUCAAUAGUACAUGGACAACGUAGUGAAGAUCUUGCAUUACACCACUGGGUCCUGAAACCACUAAAUCGAAGUUCAGGUCUCGGAGGUCACUUCAAUCUGGUUUAAUGGGACUAUGUGGCAGUAAUCUCAAAGAAAAGUUGGAGUGUUCAAACGGUAUUCACGAUGGAGAGAAUUAACAUCGGAUACGCAUCAACAGAAGUGGCGAGAGACAAAAGAUUUCUCGGAUCGUUGCAAUGAAGAUCGGAGGAAAUAUUCUUUGCUCAGGAGAACUUGGCGGCUUGUGCUGUCGAUGGAACGUAUACCAUCAAAACUUGGACAUGAUUGAUGAAAUGAAACACUUACCAGGAGGUCUGUUGUUUAUGUCUCAUUACUACAGUAGAAAGCAUGUCGGUACAGUUUGUGUUCUGAGGUUUAGGUCCGCUUAGUAAGACAUGUCUGCUCCAAAAACGGCUGCCAGUUUGCGCAGUAAAAGCAAUAUGGUCAUUUUCCACGUACGCUGUGAUCGUUGGUGUCUGACCAGAACAAUAUUUUUAGUUUUUAUAAUACACAGCAUGCAUUCUUUAAAAGAUACCCAGUUUUGACUUUGUUAUUUCAGUUCCUAUUUAUUGUGCCCAUGUUAAAAAACGAUUUAAAGCUGUGUGUUAACCAUCAGUUUAUUGCUCCAUCGCUCUAUAAUCAGAUAACCCAGCUGAUCUUUAUAACAGAUAUAUUUAGACCGAAGAUAAAAUGUACAACGCUUUUUGGCGGCUUGCUUGUUUGUGCGAGGUCAGUCGUUUUCUCUCAAAUUUUUUGACAGAUCACGCAACGGCUGCCAAGUAAUUAGAGAGGGGGCGGGAAACGAUUUUCGGGGGCCUUCCGUGCAGGCGCUUCCUCUCCCCUCGCGUGUCUCCUCCUCGCGCGCCCGUUUUUUCUUGUGCCCACUACUUCCAAGCGCCUGCUACGCAGGCUAAGAAACAGAAGACCUGCGGAAAGCUCGACAUGACGCCAAGAGCAAGCACCCUCUCCUUAACAGGGCCGCACACAGGAAGAGGUUGAAGGAUCUGAGGACCAUUCUAAAUGUAUUUUACCUGGCUAAUCAGGCCAAGUAUCUAGCAGCAGACGAAAAUUAAAGGGAGAGACCAGUAAGGCGUGGAGAAUCACUCACAGCCUGUCUGAUAAAAAGAGACAGAUCAAAAAAAGGUACGGAAGUGACCCAAGCAGUCAUUAAGAUCUGCUUGAUAAAUGUAAGCAAUUUUUCAGCUUGGCGCAACCAAGCCUGUUUAAGGCAUGGGCGCAGCUGCACAGUACAGAUUCAUACUCUAAGGCCUGUUAUCGAAGGCUUCCAAGCAAAAAAGUUACCAUUAUUGGCUUUCUGAAGGCCUCUUACUGCUCCAUCAACAGAGAGUCUAUGUUUGGCAUACUUCACCGUUAUGGCAUUUCCAUCGUCAGUACAAUCAGUCUUGUAAGACAAUUAUUAAAAGUGACGAGUAUUAGUUGAUGGCCAUAUGGCACACAGGCGGCCCAAACUCAAUACAUUAACGCGGACGUGACUCUUGCUUGCGAGCGGUGUUGUGUUACAAACGGUUAUUUACAAAGGCUUGUAUGGGAUCGAUCGGUUUUUCUUAAAAGAGAUAAAAAAUGUUAUGUUUUUAAAUAAAAUCGACUUACCUUAUUGCCUUGUUGUAUUCUUUGUUGUUUGCCCGCGUCUCAGGCCGUUUUGUUAAGAAAAACCGAUCGAUCCCAUACAAGCCUUUGUAAAUAACCGUUUGUAACACAACAGCGCUCGCAAGCAAGAGUCACGUCCGCGUUCAUGUAAUGAGUUUGGGCCGCCUGUGUAUAGCCUGUGUAGCAGGCGCUUGGAAGUAGUGUGCAAAAGAAAAAACGGGCGCGCGAGGAGGAGACACGCGAGGGGAGAGGAAGCGCCUGCACGGAAGGCCCCCGAAAAUCGUUUCCCGCCCCCUCUCUAAUUACUUGGCAGCCGUUGCGUGAUCUGUCAAAAAAUUUGAGAGAAAACGACUGACCUCGCACAAACAAGCAAGCCGCCAAAAAGCGUUGUACAUUUUAUCUUCGGUCUAAAUAUAUCUGUUAUAAAGAUCAGCUGGGUUAUCUGAUUAUAGAGCGAUGGAGCAAUAAACUGAUGGUUAACACACAGCUUUAAAUCGUUUUUUAACAUGGGCACAAUAAAUAGGAAAUAACAAAGUCAAAACUGGGUAUCUUUUAAAGAAUGCAUGCUGUGUAUUAUAAAAACUAAAAAUAUUGUUCUGGUCAGACACCAACGAUCACAGCGUACGUGGAAAAUGACCAUAUUGCUUUUACUGCGCUAACUGGCAGCCGUUUUUGGAGCAGACAUGUCUUACUAAGCGGACCUAAACCUCAGAACACAAACUGUACCGACAUGUUUUCUACUGCAGUAAUGAGACAUAAACAACAGACCUCAGGUCGCCUCCGAACGGCGAAUAAUACUAUAGUGAAAUGUUUUUUUCAAAUUCAUGCCCCUGGUAAGUGUUUCAUUUCAUCAAUCAUGUCCAAGUUUUGAUGGUAUACGUUCCAUCGACAGCACAAGCCGCCAAGUUCUCCUGAGCAAAGAAUAUUUCCUCUGAUCUUCAUUGCAACGAUUCGACAAAUCUUUUGUCUCUCGCCACUUCUGUUGAUGCGUAUCCGAUGUCAAUUCUUUCCAUCGUGAAUGUGGUGAAUACCGUUUGAACACUCCAACUUUUCUUUGAGAUUACAGCCACAUAGUCCCAUUAAACCAGAUUGAAGUGACCUCCGAGACCUGAACUUCGAUUUAGUGGUUUCAGGACCCAGUGGUGUAAUGCAAGAUCUUCACUACGUUGUCCAUGUACUAUUGAUUGACAGUUUUCUCGCCCCGCGCGGUAAAUUUUUCCCUCGGGAGCCUCUCGACCAAUUGGAAAUAUCCGCACUCACAGAGUGCGAGUUGAAACGAUUUUCGGGGGCCUUCCGUGCAGGCGCUCCCUCACCCCUUGCGUGUCUCCCUCGCGCGCGCCCGUUCUCUCUUUCGCCCGCUACUUCCAAGCGCCUGCUACGCAGGCUACCUGUGUAUGGCAGAAGGCUUUGAAGUAAUUACCGGUGUCGUCCUUCAAGGAGACGCCCAUUUCUCUUCAUUAUCGUCUAAGACUAUGUAAUAUGCGCUAGGCCACGGUUAACAAUUCUAAUAGAGGCUUAUUGACCGACCCUAAAAGGUCAAUCAAGCACCCAGCAAAGUACGUAGAUGACAGACUUUGCCAGCGACAUCCGACUGUUAGAAUCUUCCCUGAUCGUAAGAGCUCAGAUGCAGCUGUCCCUAGCCGUGGAAUCAGCGACCAGUGUGGAACGUCUUAUCAACAACGGCAAAAAGAGUACAUGACCUUAAACUGUCCAGGGAACGAGUGCAGUCAGAUAGUCCUCCGACUUCCGCUGUUUAGAAUCGAUGGUAGCUAGUAACAUCAACGACUUCAAACGUCGGAUGACUCUCGCAUAGUCUGCAUUCUGGAGCCUCGAAAAGAUCUGGUACUCACACACGCCGGGCUGACAGGAGGCCGAAAUCGAUCAGUACAAAACUGCUCUUACAAUUUUUAUCCGUUUGAGCUGAAACUUUGCAUGAUUGUAGAAAUUGAAAUUCUUUAGGUAUCCAUAGUUAUAAAAUUUUGAAUUUCAGUUUUUGGUGGGAAAAUGACGUCACAAGAUUGACAGCAAAAUUUAACUUUCAACUGAUCGCGAAAGAAAUAGAUGAUUUUGAAAGACCGUUUCAGCUCAAACGGAUAAAAACUGUAAGAGCAGUUUUGUACUGAUCGGUUUCGGCCCCCUGUCAGCACGGCGUGCAAUCCAUAACUUUGGACAUAUAACUACGCCUGUUAAAAACUAAGGGUUUGCGGUGAUGCGGUUUUGCUCUAUUUUUGGUGCGGUUUUGCGGGAAUUUUUAUUUUAAGUUGCGGCAUUGCGGUUGUACAAAACCACGCGGUUUGCGGUAUUCAGAAAUUUUCGGCUAAUUUUAAUGCGGUUUGCAGUUUUCUUAUGUUAUUCUGUGCGGUGUUUAUACGUAUUUCUGUGUGGUUUUGCAGUAUUCGUACCCCCCUUACGCCCCCCGCAUCAACAUGUCUCUCCGUUCUUCUGUAUGGUUGCAAAACGUGCCUCACCAAUUUUAAAAGCUUCCAAAAUCACAUUCGAUGCCCUAAAGAGGCUGCUACUUACUGUCCUGGGGAGCCGCAGUGGAGAUCUUUGUGGAUCCAGUAUCUCGUCUAGCCACGCAUAAUCAAAUGUGAAUGAACAGGGGCCUUUUAAACGUCUUUCCAGGCCAACCUCUUUCUACGCUUGCUAUUUUACGGUGACAAAUUAAACUUACAAAAUUGUCACCGUUCUGCCAAUCAACGGAUUGUCUAUGGUCCCAUCAUAUCCUUUCUUAGCGCCCUUUGCAGGAUCUUCAUCAGGAGUUUUAUUUGUUCUCUUGGCUUAGCAAUUUUUAGACGAUAUUUACGUUGUCUCACAAGUGCCUUAAAUGAAUUCAUCCAUGAACUGGGACAACUUCCCAAGGGAACGACUUUCAUUAAAACUAUCAAUAAGUCAGGGGUACUUGUCGGAAUAUUAUAAUUUAGUCCCCAGCAGUUUGGGCUUGGGUUUGGGCAAUCUAUAGGAACAUUUAGUGAUUGUUGUCAUCAAAUCUGAUAUUCAAGGCUGUGUGUCAGCGCACGAUUCGUCUUAUGGUAGGGCAAAACAAAAUUGGUUUUCCGUCCUGAACACCUUAGGGAUCGUGGAUUUCCACUGUCGCGUAAUUUGUGGAUGCGCACGCAGGUAAAUAAAAUAGAAACAAUGUAUGAAAGGCCGAACGUAAACGUCAAAGUUGAGGGAGAUUCAACUUUUACGUUUAUGUUAGUUAUGUGCGCCCCGUAUACAAUGUCCCUAUUUUUAUUUAGGUACGUAAAAUUUAAUUACGCAGAGGUGGAAAUCCACCUUAAGUGAGACCAAUCUGCAUCCCCGUUACUUGCAUACGGGAUUUGCCCCGGGGGUCCACUGACUCUGCGGAAUUUAGUAGGCAUAUGAGUCAGCAAUUUGAACAGAAAGAGUUCAUUUCAAGUGUCAACAGAUUGGACACCCUAGGUACCAGAGGAUUUAUCUUGAAAUGGUCCGCUUCGUAGUCGGUCGCCACGAGCAGGAAAGCAGUGAGAAACCGGAAACCCUGUACAACAAGCGCGCUUUCAAUUCAACAAAAAUUCAGGUUUGAAAUUUCGGAAGUUCCACGUGCCCAAUGGAACGGUACGUUCCGGUUGCACAGACCCGACCCAAGCCACCACGCGUUUGGUUAUUAUUCUUGUAAGCAGGAUAAAAAAGGUCGGUACUGGGGACAACAAUUUUGUCAAAUGGAAAGGGUCGUUUCGGUCCGACCGACCGAGAUAACCGGACCGGUCAAAGUGGGCCACCUUCAAAGCCGGUCCUAAAUAUUCCGGUCAGACCAAACCGAAAUGGUCCGUUCCAUUUGAUGCUUUAACCGAAAUUUUCGGAAUUUUGGGCUGAAUGAAAAGCGCCCCAAGUCUCCGGCACCUUGGGUACAGAUCAGAAAAAAUAAAAAAUAAAUAUGCCAAGGCACUUGUGGAGGGUCAGAAGUGAACGACUAUUUGUUGUAGAUCUUACAAGAACGAAGAUCGGAGGGUCUUAUGUACAAUGUGUUUUCUCUCAAUCAGAAUCGUUGCGCCAGGAAACCUUGCGUUAACAACGGGACGUGCUACAUGGGAUAUACUGAGAAGAAAUACGUUUGUGUUUGUCCGGCUUGCUACCAUGGAGAAAACUGUGAAAAAUUAGGUAAACGGUGAUGUGAUAAUUGAAAUACAAUCCUUUUUAUGGUACAGCUGUUUCUUAAAACGGAGCAGUUGAGGGGGCUUAUCGUUUUACUAUUACUGUGCGACUACUACAACCCUGGCUACCUAGACAAAGUUGACCAAUCGGAUGACAGGGAAAUAACAAUACAGUGGAACCCCGCCUUACGGCCACCUUAGGGCCACCUUAUAUAGGGCCACUUUUUUUGCCUGCCUGACGAAAGCCGCCAUACAUUUUCUUGUAAAAAACAAACAAAACCCUCGUUAAUACGGCCAAUUCUUUUUGGCCCAAUGGUGGCCGUAUUAACGGGGUUCCACUGUACAUUCCAAGAAAGUUAGUUUUCAAUCAUAGUCUAGUUACUACCAAACGAAAUCAGCAACAUGGAUCGAAAUCAACUAAUUACAACCAACAGACGCGACCAUUUUGAACCUUUGAAGAAAGCCUAUGUUUCCUCAGAGGUCCGUUAGAGUUUUGAUGGAGAACGUUAUGUAAACGUUUUAUUAUCGUUAGAUGUAAUUUUGACUUGAGGUGUCAUCAAUUGUUACUACAAAGCGCGGAAAUGGUAGCGCUGAAAUUGCUCAAUGAAUUCCUGGUAGAUGACAAAAUAACCGCUUGUGUCGGACAAAUACGUCUCCUGGAUGUUAUAUGUAAAGUUUCGAAACGAAAAACAUUGUUUGGUGAAACAUUUUGCUUUGAAAAACGUUUGCUAUCAAUAUUUUAAUUUUGAGCUUCAAGUAACUUUGUUUUCUUAUGAGCUUCCGUAUACCCUCUAUUGAAAAAUGGUACCCCUUUCACAUACCUAGUUCAUAGCUAUGCAUCCUUUUUAAAAGCUGUAAAUGCACCGUCUUUACAAUAUGAAAAAAUCACUAAACCAGAACCGUUUUCUUGACUUUUUCUCAGCCAUUUGUUAAGUACUACAAAUGAGCAAAGUGGAUCCUCAUUGUCAUCAAUGUCUCACUAAAAUGCCCUCAAAACCUGUCGUCGAAAAAUGCACCGGAAAUACUUUUCUUAUUUUACCAAUGAGUUCUUAAAACAAAUUUUAUGGGUCAAGUAGAUGUUCGUUUAUUAGAUCCAAGCACAAUCCAAAACAGAGGGAGGGCUAAUUCAAAUGUUUGAAACUGAGUCUAAAGACCUCUAAAAGAUGCAUUAACAGCUCAUGAUCAGCAGAAGCCCAUUUGAUGGGCUCCUGCAAUUCAGCUUUUGUGUUACAUUUUUUUUCUUGAGUUUGCCAACUGUUAUUUUGGAUUAACAACUUAUCGCGAAGAAUUAUUACCGCAUCGAAUGAUCAUUUUAUUUUUUCAGUUUACAAGAACUGCGCUGAAGUCUACAAGUCCGGUGCCAAGAUCAGUGGAGUGAAUAAAAUUUGUCCUGGUGGUCUGGGCGAAUUUGAAGUGUUCUGUGAUCAGAAAACUGCCGGUGGAGGUUGGACGGUGUUUCAGAAGAGGCGAGAUGGCUCUGUUGAUUUCUUCCGCGCUUGGGAUGAUUACAAACGCGGUUUUGGCAAUCUGAACGGUGAGUUCUGGAUCGGUUUGGACAAGAUACAUCGGCUGACUGUAAGCGGUGGUUAUAAACUCCGUGUUGACUUGGAAGACAUUCAUGGAAAAACUGCAUUUGCCGAGUACAGCUCCUUUUCUGUGACAAACGAGACAGCGAAAUACCAACUGAAUUUGGGAAGUUAUUCAGGUAAGUUUAUGCAAGACUGAAAAAGAAUCAGUUGGCGAAAAAUGUUGCUAAUUGGCAAAUACAAUGACAAAAGAAAGAAAGAAAAUAAGUUUUUUUUUCUUGCCCAAUUGAUCGCGAUUGGAAUGUGGAAGUCAUCAGUUGAUUUUUAUAACAACAAUUGACCUUAAAGUUUGUAAUGUCAUAUUAAAUCAUAUAAAAAAAAGUUUUAAAAGGAUUGGCCCACGUCUUGAGAGUUCAGAAAUUAAGGGUAUGUCAUUGAUUAUUUAGCAAGUACAAGAUCUCUACCGGUUUCGAAGCUUUACUAAAUGUUGCCUUUAAUGUUCCUUUUAAAACCUCUCGGGGGCCUUUCCAAUUUUUUUUUUCAAUCCUAGAAUUAUUUCGUCCCGUUUGCAUUAAUUAAAGUGGACUGAGAUUGUUUAUGCAGGAGUGAAAGUUGACCGGUUGAAAAACUCUGCGAAAAGUACCCGAAAAAUAUGACACAUAUUUCUCUUUUUUCCCCUUUUUGUAGGAAACGCUAGUGAUGCCCUUGGUUAUCAUCGUGGUAUGUCAUUUUCUACCAAGGAUCGUGAUAACGAUAAAGCCAGUUACAGCUGUGCCUUGAGUUAUAAAGGCGCCUGGUGGUACAAAAAUUGCCACAGGUCCAAUCUCAACGGUCUGUACCUCAAUGGUAAGGACGAUUGUCAAGGAAUGCGCUGGCGCAAUUGGCCGAAGGGUAGCUGCUACUCUGUCAAGAAAACCGAGAUGAAGAUACGUCCAAAAGAUUUUUGAGAUAUUUCUGGCUUUUUGUGUUAAGUGAAACGUAUGCUUCUUUAGGUCUUAACAUUCUAACAAUAUAUGUUUUUGAAUGAAGUUAAAAUCAAGUAAUGUAUUGAAAAACGCCAGUUUCAAUGAUUCUAAGAAACAUUCGUUUCUAAUUAACCACACUCUAAUAGAAGCACUAC